GCAGUAGUUCUGCAUCUCAAGACGGCUCUAACACACAAUCAACAUCCACCUGGACCACUACCUCACAAAUCCGUCUCCAGUUCCACUUAUAGCACUCCUACUCCAGAAGGUUGUCCUGCUGUUCACCCUUCAGCAACUGGGUUCAUUGGAUACUUCUACGACUACGCCACUUCAGAUUCGUUAUCAUCGUAUCUUGAAGAUGGGUAUAAAUCCAAUAAAUUGGAUAAUACCGUAGAAGCUAUUGUUGAUGUUGACACUGUGUACGAAAGUAAGUUCACCUUAGAUUUGGAAGGAUUCUUCCUUCCUCCUUUGAGUGGUAACUAUAAUUUUGAGUUGAGCAAUAUUGCUAAUGGUGCUGCUCUCUCUAUUGGAGCUGAUGUCGCAUUUUCUUGUAGUAGCACUUUAUCAAAGAGAGCUAGAGCUACUCCUUUGAUCAUUGAAGGACCAUCUGGUACUGGUGCAUUGACCGUGGAUUUAGUAGCAGGUAUUUACUAUCCAAUUAGCAGUGUUAACAAUUACAUUACAAGUGGUGAUCAUAUUGAAUUUGUUAUUACAGGUCCUAGUGGAGAACUUAGUGUUGAGAAGACAAUAUUUUAUAUCGAGCAAGGUGAAACUGGAACAUCUUCUACUGAUUCCAUUUCAUCGUCCACCACUGCUGUUUCCUCUUCUAGCGCUGCCACAUCUGAAACUUAUGGUUCAUCUUUCCCAGCAUCAUCUGCAUCCAAAUUCACUAAUUGGUUAUCCAGUGCUUUGUCAACCUCAUCAUCAUUAGGUACUUCUUCUUUCACUGGUAUCACAAUCACAUCGUUAGCUCAUUCGGAUGUUACGUCCUCUGCUACUGAAACAGACAUCUCAACAACUGUGAUUACCAUUACUUCUUGCAAUAACGGCAAGUGUACAGUUACGCCAGUCACUACAGGCAUCACUGUUGUCACCAUCACUACAGACGAAGUGGUCACUGAAUAUACCACUUACUGUCCAUUAUCAGCAUCUACAGGAACCCAUACCACUGCUACUGACACAGAUUUCUUAACUACUGUGGUUUCUGUCAAUUCUUGCGAUGACGGCAAGUGUACAGUUACUCCAGUCAUUACAGGUGUCACAGUUGUCACCUUCACUACCAACGAAGAGUCACAGAGCUCACCAUUUACUGCCCAUUAUCGUCAUCCAAUGAAGAAGAAAAUACUUCUACUGCCACACCUAUUGUUACUAGCUUGGAGCAAGACAAAGCAUCUGCUGAAACCAAUGAUUUAA